AAACUGGGAGUUAUCCCUAAAGAGCCUUUCCCCUGCUCCGAUCCAGCAGCGCUGGGAAGAGGGGGCGGCGGCGGCGGGGAGCCCUGCAACAUCUGUAAAACUUGGAGGAGGCGGCGGAGAGGAGUGUGCGAGAGGGAGAAAAGCAAAAGGGACAACUUUUCCGACACGUAUUAGUACAAGGAGAGCUGAAGUAAUGAGAAGUCAUCAUGGAGGCGCAGUCCCAUAGCUCUACCACGACGGAGAAGAAAAAAGUGGAGAAUUCCAUCGUGAAAUGCUCCAGUCGAACAGAUGUCAGUGAGAAAGCUGUUGCCUCCAGCACAACUUCCAAUGAGGAUGAAAGUCCUGGGCAGACCUAUCACAGAGAGAGAAGGAACGCGAUCACAAUGCAGCCGCAGGGUGGGCAAGGCCUCGGCAAGAUCAGUGAAGAGCCUUCCACAUCGAGUGAGGAAAGGGCCUCAUUAAUCAAGAAGGAGAUCCAUGGAUCUAUAUCGCACCUUCCCGAACCUUCUGUACCUUACCGUGGGACGCUUUUUACCAUGGACCCCCGAAACGGUUACAUGGACCCUCAUUACCAUCCGCCUCACCUCUUUCCAGCAUUCCACCCUCCUGUACCAAUUGAUGCGAGACAUCAUGAGGGACGCUACCAUUAUGAACCAUCUCCCAUUCCUCCUCUGCAUGUGCCUUCUGCCUUAUCUAGUAGCCCAACAUACUCGGAGCUUCCGUUCCUUAGAAUUUCCCCGCACCGAAAUCCUGCUGCAACAUCAGAGUCUCCCUUCAGCACCCCACACCCAUACAUUAACCCCUACAUGGACUACAUCAGGUCCCUGCACAGCAGCCCGUCCCUCUCCAUGAUCUCAGCAGCCCGUGGACUCAGCCCAACAGACGCUCCACAUGCUGGCGUCAGUCCAGCUGAAUAUUAUCAUCAGAUGGCUCUGUUGGCAGGCCAGCGCAGCCCAUACGCAGACAUCAUUCCUUCAGCUGCCACUGCAGGAGCUGGUGCUCUUCAUAUGGAGUACCUUCACGCCAUGGAUAGCGCCAGGUUUCCGAGUCCGAGAUUGUCAGCUAGACCAAGCCGAAAGCGCACGUUGUCCAUAUCUCCCCUAUCUGAUCACAGCUUUGACCUUCAGACCAUGAUACGGACAUCUCCAAAUUCCCUGGUCACGAUUCUCAAUAAUUCUCGUAGCAGUUCCUCAGCCAGUGGUUCGUAUGGCCACUUAUCUGCAAGUGCAAUAAGCCCUGCUCUGAGUUUCACAUACCCUCCUACACCAGUAUCCCUCCAGCAAAUGCAUCAGCAAAUUAUAAGUCGUCAGCAAACCCUAGGUUCAGCCUUUGGACACAGUCCUCCACUCAUCCAUCCUGCUCCAACUUUUCCUACCCAGAGACCUAUCCCCGGCAUCCCCAGUGUCCUGAACCCUGUCCAGGUCAGCUCUGGACCUUCUGAGUCCACACAGCAGAAUAAACCCACAAGCGAAUCUGCAGUGAGCAGCACUGGAGAUCCCAUGCACAACAAGCGCUCCAAGAUAAAGCCCGACGAGGACCUCCCCAGCCCGGGAGCGGGAAGCGUGCAGGAACAGCCAGAAGGAAUGACCCUGGUAAAAGAGGAAGGGGACAAAGAUGAAAGCAAACAGGAGCCUGAAGUGGUCUAUGAGACAAACUGCCACUGGGAAGGCUGUUCCCGGGAGUUUGACACGCAGGAACAGCUAGUGCAUCAUAUAAACAAUGACCAUAUACACGGUGAAAAGAAAGAGUUUGUGUGCCGAUGGCUGGACUGUUCCCGGGAGCAGAAACCAUUCAAAGCCCAGUAUAUGCUGGUCGUCCACAUGAGGAGACAUACAGGGGAAAAGCCACACAAAUGCACUUUUGAAGGUUGUACAAAGGCCUAUUCCAGACUAGAAAACUUGAAAACGCACUUGAGAUCUCACACUGGAGAGAAACCAUAUGUGUGUGAACAUGAAGGCUGCAACAAAGCUUUCUCCAACGCGUCCGACAGGGCCAAGCACCAAAACAGGACUCAUUCCAAUGAGAAACCGUAUGUUUGCAAGAUACCAGGCUGCACAAAGCGCUACACAGACCCCAGUUCUCUCCGGAAACACGUGAAGACCGUGCAUGGCCCGGAGGCACAUGUCACCAAGAAGCAGCGGGGAGAUAUCCACCCAAGGCCUCCACCACCGAGAGACCCAGGCAGCCACUCUCAGACCCGGUCACCAGGCCAUCAGACUCAGGGUGCAAUUGGUGAGCAGAAGGACCUCAGCAACACUACCUCAAAGCGUGAAGAAUGCCUCCAAGUGAAAGCAGUCAAGUCAGAAAAACCAAUGACAUCUCAGCCAAGCCCUGGUGGUCAGUCUACAUGCAGCAGCGAACAGUCCCCCAUCAGCAACUAUUCCAACAAUGGGAUCGAGCUUACUCUGACCGGUGGUGGUAGUGUAGGAGACCUCAGUGUCAUCGACGAAACCCCAAUCAUGGAUUCUACCAUUUCCACAGCCACCACAGCACUUGGCUUACAGGCCAGGAGGAAUAUGACAGGGACCAAAUGGAUGGAGCAAGUGAAAUUAGAAAGGUUGAAACAAGUUAAUGGAAUGCUUCCAAGACUGAACCCCGUUCCACCUUCCAAAGCCCCGACCUUGCCGCCUCUCAUAGGAAAUGGUACCCAGUCAAACAGCAGCUGCAGUGUAGGAGGAUCCAUAACUAUUCUGCCGAACAGGAAUGAACUUUCAAGUAUGGACAUCACUGUGUUGAACAUGCUGAACAGGAGGGACAGCAAUACUAGCACAAUCAGUUCAGCCUACUUGAGCAGCCGCAGGUCCUCUGGAAUCUCACCUUGCUUCUCCAGCCGGAGGUCCAGUGAUGCCUCCCAGGCGGAGGGAAGACCACAGAACGUGAGUGUUGCAGACUCCUAUGACCCCAUCUCAACGGAUGCCUCCCGGCGCUCCAGUGAAGCGAGCCAGUGUGAUGACCUGCCAAGUCUUCUCAGCCUCACCCCAGCCCAGCAAUACAGGCUGAAAGCUAAAUAUGCAGCAGCUACUGGUGGACCCCCACCAACUCCACUGCCUAACAUGGAGAGGAUGAGCCUCAAAACAAGGAUGGCACUCUUGGGUGACUGCAGGGAGUCUGGAGUAUCUCCACUGCCUCCAGUGAAUGCCCCUCGAAGAUGUAGUGACGGUGGGGCAAAUGGUUACAGCAGGAGGCAUUUUCUGUCUCAUGAUGCUCUAGGAAACGGGACGAGGAGAGCCAGUGAUCCAGUAAGAAUGGUCUCCGACAACCUCUCUGUCCCUAGAGUCCAGCGUUUCAACAGUCUUAAUAGCUUUAACCCUCCUGCUUUGCCUCCAUCCAUGGAAAAGCGCAACCUUGUUCUUCAGAACUAUACCCAUUCUGAGGGUGGUGUCUUCCGCGGCUUCAGCUCCCCCUGUCCUCCAAGCAUCAGUGAGAACGUCACCCUGGAGGCUGCUACGAUGGAAGCGGGUGGCAGUCUGAAUGAUGAGGAUCUCCUGCCAGAUGACGUGGUUCAGUAUCUGAAUUCCCAGAACCAGGGCAUGUACGACCACUUGUUGAACAAUGUCCUAGACAGCAACAAAAUACAUCACAGCUCAGUGUUAGGAAACAACAACCCCAGCAACUUUGACCAAGCCCCUCCACCGAGCAGUCAGCAGGCAGGUUCUGAGGCAAACAAGAGCGACUUGCCCAUUCAGUGGAAUGAAGUAAGCUCAGGAAGUUCUGACUUAUCUCCUUCGAAACUGAAAUGCGGUCAGCGCUCAGCGGUGCAGCAGUCGCGGGCCUUUGGACUGUAUAACAAUAUGAUGGUUCAGCAGCAGAACCUGGAGAGAAGCAAUGUGGCCCAGCAAAAUGGCUAUCAGAACCUGGUGGAGAACAAUGGUUCCUACGGUUUACAGCAAAACACGGUUCUUGGCAGCGGAGCCGGUAAUUCUUUCAGCGUGCAGCCCAAUAAGCCUUACAGUGAAAGCAUUGGCAGGCAAGCAAUGAUGUCUGGGGCAGUGGACAAUUCCUGUGGCAUAGCAGUUCAAGGGCAGAAGCUAAGAAGCAGCAACGUGCCAGUGAGUGGGAACCAACAAAAUUUCGGCCAUCCCAUGGCAUCCAGUGAUCAAGCCACCAGUAUGGCAAAUGGGAUGCAGAACAGGAAUAUCAUUGAACAGGAAUAUUUGCAAAACCAACCAGUCGGAGAUGGCAUUCAUUACCAGGGAGUCAAUCAGUCCGGUCAAAUGAUGCUAGGGCAGGUUAGUCCUACCUCACAAAGCGGCCUGUAUCAAGGGCCGCAGAGUUGUCCACCGGUGUCUCACACCAUUGGUAGCCAGCCUUCAGGUUUGUUGGUGGCCAAAAGUUACCAGCCGUGCUCUAAUUACAGUGGCAACAGACGGCAAAAUAUGUUGAGAAACAACCUGGCACAACAGCAAGGACAUAUAAGUGAUGGCAACCAGACAUACAGGGUAAACACCAUUAAGAUGGAGAUGCAAGGUCAAUCACAACAGUUCUGCUCUAACGUGCACAAUUACUCUGGUCAGUUAUAUGACCAAACCACAGGCUUUAGCCACCAAGCUAUGAAAACAGGUUCUUUCUUUGGUUCAGAAGCUAACUGCCUGCUGCAGGGGACUGCGACUGCAAACGCAUCUGAGCUUCUUUCCCCGGGGGCUAACCAAGUGUCGAGCACAGUUGACAGCAUUGACAGCAACAGCCUAGAGGGUGUGCAGAUUGAUUUUGAUGCUAUCAUAGAUGAUGGGGACCAUGUCAGCUUAAUUUCGGGAGCCCUGAGCCCGAGUAUCAUUCAGAAUCUCUCCCGCAAUUCCUCACGCCUCACCACUCCCCGAGCGUCUCUUACAUUCCCAGCUAUGCCCGUAAGCACAACCAACAUGGCUAUUGGGGACAUGAGCUCUUUGUUGACCUCACUUGCAGAAGAAAGCAAGUUUCUUGCUGUUAUGCAAUAGACUUAAAAAAAAAAAAAAAAACAAAAAACAGAAAACCCUUAGGAGAUAACAGAUGAAAAAAAAGACUCAUAUUUUUUAGUUGUGUAUGUAUUUUAGCAAUCUCAUCUCACCUAAAUGGGAUGUGUUUCAAGUAUAUUCCUUUUAUGGAAUAAGGACUCUGAAAACCCUAAAGUGUUCUAGGGAGAAACUGUCUUCCAUUUCAGUUUUGAAUCAGUAUUGCUACACCCAUUCCCCCUCUCUCUCUCUUUUCUCUCUCCCCCUUUUUAAACGUCUGUAUGCUUCCUUUUUCUUUUUUUUUAAUUGUAAACCAAUGUAAACGUGUGGAGUGCAUGUUUUUGUUUUGUUUGGGGUUGUUUUUUUAAAGAAAGGUCUGAUGAAAUGACUUUGCAAUUUUCUGUUACUCAAAAGAAUCUAGACCUUGUAAAACUGUUGCAACUUUUCCCCUUAAACAUAUAGGCACAAAAUAACCAGGCACAAUGUGAAGUGAGCAUACAGUGAUGACAUCCUUUCUGGAUGCAUCAGACACAUCGCACUGAGGUGGACAACCAGUUUAGAAAUGCACUGCCAUGGUACCCUAGGCUGUAGUUUCAGAGUCAUGGAGCACAAGAAAUUAGGAGGUUCAAGCAAAUAAGAAAUGUAAAACCAUCAGCCCUUUGAUGCCUAGCAAAUGUUUAACACAUUUGUAAACACACACACUGAUAGCUGUCACUGCCUUGCAUAAUGAUACUGAGAUUGUGUCAUGUUUAAUCCAUUUCAGAGGAAGGGAAGGACCAGAAAUCUAUUCUUAGUCCAACUCUCAUCUUUUGCAGUAUUUGGUAUUCUGUUUUCCAGCCUUCUUUUUUAAAUGACUGGAUAGUAAAAUUAUGGGCAUGCUUGGUGAUUUGGGUAGUCUAUAAUGCCUUCAUUGCAUACCACAUUUGUGGAGAGACUAUCAUCGGGGUCUUAUGGAGUAUUUAAUACAGUGAAAUAACAAAAUUGCAGUAUUCCAUACUGGGGACUUGGGGUUUUUUUAAAUGCAAAUUGUUGAGAUGUAAUUUGCUGAGCCACUGGUUCUUAUUCACAGUAACAAUUCCUUUGCCAGGAGAACUGUCUUGUACAUCCCUUCUGGCACAUACAGCUUCGUGGAUGGAUCGUAUGUUUUCAAAUACGUUAAUACCCAUUGACGUAACACACAGUUACGGCUUCAAGAGCAUCAUGGUCAUGGCAUGUAAAACAAGUAGAAAACGAAUGGCCCAGUUCUCAGACUAGCCAAAUAAAUCAAAGUGAUUGCAAGCAAUCUGAGAAUCCUAAAUGUUUUUCCACUGUAUCCAGGCUUUACAAAAUUAAGACAUUUAAACUGCCAUUAAAAAUAGCAAAGAAACAAGCGGAACAGCAAGUAUGUCUGGUAAACUAAUUAAAACUGAAAAAGACCAGCCCAACCUCUCUCUCUUGGUGACACCAACAUGCGUUUCUUUUCUUUUCAAAGCAAACCAGUGGGUCAAUGCCCAAGCUUAGUUACACCAGCAAAAAUUGGAACUUACACACUGUGGUCAUGAAGCUAUUCGCUGGUAGAGGUGAAUGGCAUUUGCUCCAUAAGUGCUAGCUCUUCUAGCAUGUUUUUUGCUGUGCUGGGCUCCAUGUCUGCACCCCUGAACACACAGUGCUCCUGGGUAAACAGGUUGGGAUGGAGAACAGUUACAAGCCCAAGGUUUAAGUUCACCCACUCCUAGAAGCUGCGUGCAAGUCCAGCCCUUCCAGACUUCUCAGUUAAAUCCUGUUAGUAAAAUGCUGCUACAGGAUGUAAAUAGUGCAGGCACUUACAGUCAUGGAUUUGAUGUCUGUAAGGAGCUGGUGUUAGAGUAGACAUACAAUGAAAAGGGAGUGUGGUCAAUUUUGAAAUAAAGAUAAACUUUAGCCCAGUCAAAAUUAGGAUUAGCACCAGAAGGUGAUUUCUGUAGGCUAGGCGGCCAUAGCACUCAUUUUUUUGACUGUAAAAAAAAGGUGAAAUACCAGCUGAUUCAGGCCAUGGCAUUUGAGGAAUGUAUAGGAAUACAACCUCACUGAAGCUGUUGGGUAACACUGAUCCAUUAUCAGCUGUUAGAAUCAGAGGAAGAAGCUGUAAAUCAGUAGGAAAACAUCAGAGGAAUCCGGUGCUGAGGCCAUAUUUGGGCUUAUCACAGCACGUGCCAAGUGAUUUGCACUGUGAGCUGGAAUGUUGGAAGUGGAGACAAAUGUAGAUAUCCUAUAGUUUUUAUCAUCAUCCAGCUCCUGUCUUUCUCCGCAUCUUUAGUAAGCAUUUCUUCCUUCCUCUGUCUCAUCCACGCAUAUUCCCCUGUCCUGCUCUUUGCCAUUUGCUGGUUCCCCUCCCGACCUCCCUGCCCAUGACCAGCUAUCACAGCCCUCCUGCAGUGGUCCCUGGGCUGCACGGGGAAUCGGGCACAGCUCACCACGGCAAAAUGGUUGGUUUGCUGUUGCAGCAUGGCAAAGCUGCUCCCUGUUGCGCUCCCGUUGCCCAGCGGCAGCCCUGUAGAGACCCGCUGCCUGUAGGCAGCCCUUGCCCCUGGCCUGCUGCAGGGGUGAGGAGGGAUGCGUCCGGCCAGGCAGGUCACCGGCGGAGGAGGGAUGCGUCGGUGGCCUCGCCAUACGUUGCAGCGCUACAAUACAGCUCACACCCCUGCGGAGAAACGGCAGCAUAUGCAUGAGGAAAGGCUGUGCUGGACGUGUUUCAGCUGGUUCUCUCGGUAACCAAUCGCUGGCUGUUUAUUAAGCCAUCAAUUACAUGUUUAUAAACAAUUUCAACAGGGAAACUUAUGACCAGCUUGGGAGUAGGUGGCUUGGAAGAGAAGCCUUUUAUUGUUAUAGAGCCAAUACAUUAAAAAAAAAAAUAUAAAAAGAACCAAACUAUUUUUUUAAACUCAAUUUUCCAGUUCAUAAUUGUAUUUGCUGGUCCUAUUGAAGCUGGGAGGCUAUUAACAGAUGUGAUCCAUCAGAGCUUAGAAGGAGCCAUUCAUAUUGCUCAAGGCUAAAAGGGAUUGUUUGAGUAGCUAAUUUGCCUUCCUGGAUUUGACAAACCUUCGUCACUCACUUACCCCUGUCUUGGGCCAACAGUGUGUCUCGGCUGAAACCACAUGCUCCAGAAAGGCAUCCCGUUUUGCUUUGGUGAAAUUGAAGAACCAGAUACUCCAGCAUGUCCCCAGGGAGUUUGUGCAAAUGGUUUAUCAUUUUCACCAUUAAGUGUUUGUGCCACUUCUUACAUUCAUUUGUCACUUUUCGGCUUUUAGUAUCUUCUCAUGCUUUUCUGGUUUAUGUUUUGGUACCUGUGAAGGUAGCAAUACAUUGUAGCCCAGCUGUGUUGGGUUUUGGUUUUGUUUUGAUGAGGUAGACUGGGGUCUCUGAGCAUGGCACUACUAGGCUGGACACCAGCUUUCACUUGUCAGCCUCCUUCUCGAUGUGUGGCAGUCUGGGGAAAGUCCCACCAACAUUGCUCACGUUUACUGGCACCCUUCUGCUCCUGCUCUUCCAGUUGCAGAGCCAAAGCUUGCUUUUAUGUAUCUAUCUAUCUGGCCAUCAGCUGGCAUUGCCAUAGCAGUUGGAAACCCACUGCUCACCCUAGAGUACUAGAAAAUGCAGAAAAUAUUGUGAAAUUCCUAUUUUUAAAGCAUUGCAGCCUGAGUCUAAGUCACCUUUUCUUCUCAUGGCUCUGUGGAGGUCUUCCAGAUAAGUUACUGUUGGCCUUGGGUGCAUCCGCCUCACUCAGCCUGCAUGAAGCAUGCGUAUUUCUCCAGGCCGUUUUACAUUCCACAAAGUGGGAGUCACCAGUGGGAGUUCAUCCAUCAGGUACACCCGCAUGGAGGAGAGGUGGUUUUGCAGAGAAGUCAGUGGGCUUCCAGCGGGGCUUUGCUGGUGAGUACGAUGGCCCCGUACAUCCGCAUGGCAGAUGAUGUUAUGCUCUCCUUGGAGAAUGGCCCCAAAUGGUACGUGCAUUAAGAUGCUGGCUGGCUCGCUCACAUCCAGUCAUUGCUUUCCCCCCACCUCUUGAUGAAAUGGCCGGUCAGCUCGCCUAUGCCUGUUGCGCAAUGGCUCGUCCUUCUGAACACCAGUGUUUAUAUUCUCGCAAUGUAUGUGCCUUAUUUUGCGUUGAUCCUGCAAAAGAGAGGGACCAAGAUGUGUUGCCAAAUUUUCCCGAUGAGGCUGUACUCGCCAUUCAGCUAAUAGCACAUACCACUGUUAAUAGUGUCCAAAACGUCUUGUAAACCUCUGGUAUUCACGUGUUAUUGUCCUUGGAUUGGUGGAAUGUCUCCUAUGGAACAGUUACUGUUGUCAGUCCUGCAGAAGUGUAAGAUAAAAAUGUGUUCAUUUUUUUUUCAAUUUUUUUUUUUUUUAGUUUUUUUUUAUAAAGCUUGUAAUCCUUUUUUUUAAGAAAAAAAAGAAAAUGUGUAAAUACAUUUACGUACAGUAGGAAUAGUGUUCGGCUGUAACGGGCCUUAGUGGUCUUCAUUUGAUAAACCUGCAGUUAUGAUCUGAUGUUUCUCGAGCCUUAGGUUGAUCUGAAGGGUCUGUAGCACUGUGUACAUACAAACUGUACUUCUGCUUUCAGAACCACUUAGCUCUUUUGUAACAAAGAAAAAAAAAUGUUUCUUACAAUGUCAAUAAAAACACAAAAGCCUUUGUACUU